CUAACCAUAUCAACAACCUCUCUUUCAGCUCCAAUUUUGAACUAGUUUUACUCUCUCUCUUUCUCUGUUCUAUCACUGUGAAUCUUCGCAUCUCCGGCAACUCAUAAGAAGGGAUCGAUCUAUCGUUCUGGUUAUUAUGCCGCUGAAGCAGCACUGACAUUUGAAAACAUGAUUCUCCACGCCAAAUAGAUCAUUAGUUUGAGUGAAAACUCUUGAGCAUUUGGAACCAAAAUGAGAGGAGCUGUGCUGGUGGCAAUUGCAGCUGCCAUUGGCAACAUGUUGCAAGGAUGGGAUAACGCCACAAUUGCAGGGUCUCUGUUAUACAUAAAGAAGGAAUUUAAUUUGCAAAGUGAACCGACCAUUGAAGGUUUAAUAGUUGCCACGUCCCUCAUUGGAGCGACGAUCAUCACCACUUUCUCUGGUCCUGUAUCAGAUUCAUUAGGACGGCGUCCCAUGUUGAUUAUGUCUUCCAUUCUUUACUUCAUUAGCGGUCUCGUAAUGUUGUGGUCGCCAAAUGUUUACUUCCUGCUCUUAGCUAGGUUACUCAAUGGAUUUGGAAUUGGUCUAGCUGUUACUCUUAUACCAGUUUAUAUAUCAGAAACUGCCCCACCUGAAAUAAGAGGACUAUUGAAUACACUUCCACAGUUCACUGGUAGUGCUGGGAUGUUUCUUUCGUACUGUAUGGUAUUCUCAAUGUCCCUUAAGGAAUCACCUAACUGGAGGUUGAUGCUAGGAGUUCUUUCUGUGCCUUCUCUUGGUUAUUUUGUUUUGACCACGAUAUUCUUGCCUGAAUCCCCUCGUUGGUUAGUUAGCAAAGGGAGGAUGAUGGAAGCCAAGAUGGUUUUACAGAGAUUACGUGGUGUGGAAGAUGUCUCAGGUGAAAUGGCCUUGCUAGUUGAAGGUCUUGGAGUUGGAGUUGAAGCAUCAAUAGAGGACUACAUAAUUGCUCCAGCCAAUGAACUUGAGAAUGACCAUGAUAAUGUAUUUGAACAAUCUCAAGUCAAACUACUGCAUAAUAAUGAAGAUGGCUCCAUGUUAAUAGCCAGACCAGCACCAUCAUCAUCAUCUACAGUUCAUCAUCAAAGUACACUAGGUCAAACAAGCCGUCAAGGAAGCAUGGUAGAUCCCAUGGUAAACCUCUUCGGAAGCAUCCACGAGAAGCUUCCAGGAAUGGGAAGUAUGAUCUUCCCUACUUUGGGAAGCAUGUUUAUUAAAGACGAAGAACAACAAUGGGAGGAUGACAAUUACGAUCAAAAUGUCGAAUCCAACACUUCUGGCGUUGAAUCAGACGACAAUAAUCCAAACAGCCCGCUUCUUCAACGACAGAAUACAGACGGGGAUAAAGAUGGUUUUAUCCCUAUGUCACACGGAAGCAUGUUCAGCAUGAGACAACAAAGCAAUCUUUUUGGAAACGAACUAGGAGAAGGUGCUAAUGGGAUUGACAUUGGGGGAGGAUGGCAGUUAGCGUAUGUGAGGUCAGAAGGGAAGGAAACCGGGCUGAAGAGGAUUUAUUUGCAUCAAGAGAAUGGUGGAAAUGUAUCUAGACGCGGUUCUGUUGUUUCUAUAGCUGAGGAAGAUCUAGGGGGAUUUGGUCAUGCUGCAGCUUUAGUAAGCUGUUCUGUUCUUCAUAUGGAAGAUCUUACAGGUGAUGAGAUGGUUAAGCCACCUGAAGCCAUUACCAAAAGGUCGAAUUGGGCUGAACUCUUUGAACCGGGGGUUAAACACGCGUUAAUUGUUGGAGUUGGAAUUCAGAUGCUUCAGCAGUUUUCUGGCAUAAAUGGGGUUCUCUACUAUACACCACAGAUUCUUGAACAAGCAGGUGUAGGAGUUCUUCUUUCUAACUUGGGAAUUGGCUCAGACUCAGCAUCGCUACUUAUAAGUGCUCUCACAACUCUCUUGAUGCUUCCUAGUAUCGGAGUUGCUAUGAGACUAAUGGAUAUAGCCGGUCGGAGAUGGUUGUUGCUGUCAACUUUACCAGUGUUGCUACUUUCCCUAGUGGUCCUUGUAUUCGGUAGCAUUAUAGACAUGGGAUCGGUUAUGAACGCCGUGAUCUCAACAGUCAGUGUGGUCGUUUACUUCUGUUGCUUUGUGAUGGGUUUCGGUCCAAUACCAAACAUAUUAUGCGCCGAAAUAUUCCCUACACGCGUCCGUGGGCUGUGCAUAGCGAUUUGCGCUUUAACCUUUUGGAUUUGCGACAUUAUUGUUACCUACUCACUUCCUGUCAUGCUGAGUUCGAUCGGUCUUCCGGGUGUGUUUGGUAUUUACGCGGUUGUCUGCUCGAUAUCUUGGGUUUUCGUUUACAUGAAGGUUCCCGAAACUAAGGGAAUGCCACUUGAAGUCAUCACAGAGUUCUUUGCAGUUGGAGCUAAGCAAGCUGCUUCUGCUGACGUAAGCAACAAUUAGUUUUGUGGUGACUUGGAGAUUUUGUAAAUACAUUUUCUAACUUGGGCUCUCUGUUUAAAUCAUUUGUGCAAAUUGUUGUGUUAACAGAUGACUUUUUGCAUUGAUUUGGCUAACUAAUUGAAAUUGGAAUUUGAACUUGGUCUU